AUGUCGGAGGGUUCCGUAUCCGAUUGUGUUCUACUCGGAGUCGAACGAGAGAGAGAAAAAAAUCGGAGUCGAACGAGAGGGGGGGAAAAAAGAAGAAAGAAGCGUCGAGCUUUUUUGCUUCAGCCCAUCCUGGCGGCUGAUGCUAUUUAUAUAUCAUCACCUACCAUUCCAAAGUCUGACAGGCCCAGCUGCAGCCCAAAACCCAGACCCAGCCGAAGCUUUUCUGCUCCAGCGCGUGCGCGUCGCGCAACCCCCCAGGACGCCAAGAUAGGGUCGGAAACCCCCGCCGCCGACAGCGUCGGCGACGCCGCCCGGAAGCGGCCCAGCGGCGGCGAUGCCCCGGCGCCGGCGCCCGCCGACAAGCGCCGGCGCCCGGAGCCCCCGUCUUCCUCCGGCUCCCGCGACCGCCGCCACCACCACCACGGCCGCCGCCCGUCCUCGGGCGAGGAGAAGGUGCGCGCCUCCCACAUCCUGAUCAAGCACGAGGGCUCCCGCCGCAAGGCCUCGUGGAGGGACCCCGAGGGCGUCGCCAUCUCCGCCACGACCCGCGACGACGCGGCCGACCUCGCGCGCGCGCUCCGCGAACAGAUCGUCUCCGGGGACCGCAAGUUCGAGGACAUCGCCGCCGAGAACUCCGACUGCAACUCGGCCAAGCGCGGCGGUGACCUCGGUUCAUUUGGGAGGGGUAAGAUGCAAAAGGCUUUCGAGAAGGCUGCGUUUGCUCUGAAGGUGGGGGAGAUAAGCGACGUGGUUGAUACAGAGAGCGGGGUGCACAUCAUCAAGAGGACUGGCUGAUUGCGACAGUGUCCUCCUCCGGUCUCAGUCCAUUAUCCAUAUAUGGCGGGAACUUGAAUGCCCUGAAGAAGCUCCAUGGUUUCCUGCUUCGUUGACGAACUUGUGCUUGUAUUCUCUUAUGAGCUUGAUAAUUGAUUUUUUGUGUUUCCGUGACAGACAUGUAGUCUUAAACGGUUAUCACGGCAAGACGGAAUCAAAUUGUUUUUGCGUAUGGCAAAGAUUACGCUCGUUAUGUUGAUUGUUCCUGCCA